AUGGUAGAUUUACAGCCUGAUGAUGAGUGGUAUUACCCUUCACCAGAUCCAAAUGGUGUUAUUAGUGAACCAGAAUCGUGGGGUGGUCAGUGCGAAAACGGUCGGCGCCAGUCUCCGAUCGAUCUCACCAGGGAGGCAGCGGUUCGUGGAGAAUUUGGUCCCAUCAUCUUUAACAACUUCAAGCUACCGAUCCGACAAGCUCAACUGACGAAUACCGGUCAUUCAGUACAAGUGAACAACUUAGACACAUCAGUGACGAUUCUGGGUGGAGGUCUACCAGGCCGCUUCAUACUCGACCAGUUGCAUUUUCACUGGGGAUCGGAACAUACGCUUAGUGGCGUUCGCUAUGCGCUCGAGUUGCAUCUUGUGCAUUACGAUGCCAGGUAUCCUACGUUUAAAGAUGCAACGGCAGCACAGAAUGGAGUGGCCGUCUUAGCUGUUCUGUUUCAUGUUGCCGCCCAAUCAAACAUGAACAUCGGCGUCAUCCUUGAGACAACGGCAGAAAUUCGUAACGCCGCCGGUAAUGUGGCACCAUUAAAAGGAAAACUAUCACCAUUCAACCUGCUACCAAAGAAUCGCACCUCUUACUUCCAGUAUGAGGGUUCAUUAACUACCCCCGCUUGCGCUGAAUCGGUUCUGUGGACCGUCUUCACCGAGAGUGUGCCCGUGUCACUAGAGCAGGUGGAUCAGUUUAAGGUUAUUCAUGAUCAGUCUGGGCACGAGUUAGUCAACAACUUCCGUUCCGUUCAACCUUUAAAUGCACGCUCAUUAGUGUAUGCAACCGAAUGGAAUUCUGUAGGGUACAGCAUGGCACGGACUCUGCAGAAAUCAUUCCUUGCAGUUCUUCUUUCGCCAUUGACGCUACUAUCGGGCAUUAUUUGGGCACAUUGCAUAUUUACGAACUCGUAGUUUCACAUGUUUGCAAUUCGGUUUACAUAUGUUUGCAUAUGAA